CGGUUCCCAUGAAAUAAGCCUGGGGGCACACUGUCUUGACACCAUAUUUCCGGCAAAAUGGCAGCCACCACCGUGCGAAACUCCAAGCCUCUCUCAUACCUUUCAAGGUCAACGGAGAUCCCCCGUCAUCGGAGAGAUACACAUGAAGCUUUUCCGGUGGAUAAUCCAACGCCAUAGAGGACAACACGGUGUUCAUAACCCCCAAAGUGGGUUCCUUAUCAGGAUCCGCCGUGCAAAUAAACACAUCAAUUGUCGGAAACUCAUCGUCACCGGGCAGUCUCUCAGGAAAUACCUUUCUGGAGACGGGACGCCAGCGGUAGGAUAGGUUGAGGAGCCAACUGAAAAUGAGAAGAAGUUCGGAGGCAAAAAGGAGGAGCCAUGGAAUGACGGGGGGUCUGGUUUUGGUUUCAAGGAAAAGAAAAGAGGUUCUGUAGUAGAUCAAGAAAGCUAUGGCUGUGGAGUGGAGGAGGGCAUGAGACCUGUUGAAGAGUAGGUUGAAAUUGUGGACAUGGCAAGUAUGGAGAGGAACGGAGUUUUCCAUGGCUAAUUUCUUACUUCGCUUGUUACUGAAAUGAACUAGGCCUUUCUUG